AUGGUUCUCAAUUCAUGAAAAAAAGUAAUACAUUAUUAAGGAAAGACAGUAAUUCACAAACCUGACAGAUGAGCACAAUGCAGGUUUUCCAUUAGCACUGUACUAAAGAGAUAGACCUGUCUAGAUCUAGUUACAAUCUCUAUCUCACACAUUGGAAACCUGAUGACAGUCUGCAACUUGUGUCGGCCAUUCAAGCAAACUAAUGCCACCUGAAACCGCAUCCACUGAGGUUAAUAUUUAACAAGCGUUGAGAGUUUGGUUCCUCACAAAAACAAGCAUCUUUCCAGUUGUUCUCUACUGUGUUUGGCGUCAAGGUCUUUCUACAACUAACCACAGUCAAGUGUCAUUUUGAAUCCAGAGAUACGAACACACUGGCAUCAUGUAUGCCAAUUCUGGAACAGAAAAUGUGUCCAUGUCUUUGAACUUUAUGGGCAGGAAGUUGCGUAACCAUACUGUUGUCCCAGCAACAAAACAACGUGCCUGGGAGACCACUGACCUUUCUCGAUAUCAGGAUGAUUUAGUGGUCUCCACCCGAGCUGUACUUUCCCAUCCCAUUGUGUCAUCAGAGGAACUGCCAGGCAGUAUUCCUGAUCUAAGAGAACAGGUUCAGUGGCGUAGACCAUGUAACAUCCAUAAUACACUCCUAGACCAGGAUAGAGAUAGAGGUAAAAUCAGAGUAUUCUGUCGAAUAAGGCCACUGACUCGUGCAGAGCAGGCAAAAAGAUAUCACAUCAUUGUCGCUUCUCUUGAUGACUACUCUGUUAUCCUGGAGACCCCUCGAGGACCUCGUGAGUUUCAGUUUGACAAGAUCUUCAACCCAGAGUGCACGCAGGAGGAGGUUUUCACGGAGUCCAGUGGGCUGAUCCAGUGUGCGAUUGAUGGAUUUAACGUUUGCAUUUUUGCAUAUGGCCAUACGGGUUCAGGAAAAACCUUCACAAUGGUUGGAGACAGAGAUCGGAGGAACCCGGGAAUCAUUCCCAGAACGUUCACCAAGAUCUUUGAGAUCAUCCAGGAUAAUGAGUCUAAAUUUGAGUUUAAGGUUUCAGCCUACAUGCUGGAGCUGUACAACGAGCGCCUACAGGAUCUCUUUGUGACCCCCACUGAAGCUUUCAGCAAGCGAAUCGAAAUUAAGAGGGACAGAAAGGGGCUUGUGUUCAUCCAGGGAGCAGAGACAAAAGAGGCAGCCAGCGCUGGCGAACUCUUUGCAUUAUUUGAGCAGGGCUGUGCAAACCGCCACAUUGCAGCCACAAAGAUGAACGUAGAGAGUUCCCGCUCUCACCUGAUCAUUGGCAUCAUGAUUGAGAGCCGGAAUCUGACCAAUGGGAGCGUGAGUUUCGGGAAGCUCAGUCUGGUGGACCUGGCAGGAAGUGAACGAGCAGCAAAAACUGGUGCCAAAGAUGACCAGCUGAAGGAGGCAAACUCAAUUAACAAAUCUCUGAGUGCCCUUGGAGAUGUCAUUUCAGCUUUGUCGGUGGAUCAGCCUCAUGUGCCCUACCGUAACAACAAGCUGACCCAGCUCAUGCAGGACUCACUGGGCGGCAAUGCCAAGACCCUCAUGUUCCUCAACAUCUCUCCCUCUGACUGCAACCUGGACGAAACUCUCACCUCACUCAUCUAUGCGACUCGGGUGAAAGCCAUCACCAACAAUGCUCAGAGGAACAUAGACAGCAAGGAAAUCGCUCAGCUGAAAGAGGUGAUUUUAAAAUUGAAAUCAGGUCAGCCUGUGGAAGAAGACCCGUAAACUUCCAUCAUAGAACUCUAAGGAUAUGGCUGUUUUAAAUUAAGACCGUUUCUAUGUAUGCAUGUUACAUAAUUUUUUGACCAUCUCUCAUAACAUUUGAGCAAAACAUUUAAUAUAUAAAUAAAAACCUUAAUCAUCA